CAUGGAUACGGAAGGGUAUGCGCUCGAGGAGCUUCACAAAGAACUGACAUGUCCCGUGUGCCUGGACUUGUUCCGCGAGCCUGUUAUCCUGGAAUGUGGCCACCACUUCUGCCGGUUGUGCAUUGGGAAAUUUUGGGAGGCAAAGUCUGAGGACGAAUCGACUUGUCCCCAGUGCCGCAAGACAUGCUCCAAAACAUUGAAACCAAACUCGCUACUUUGUAACGUUGUAAACAGUGUGCGUCGUGCCAGAAUGGUGGAUGCGGAGUGUCAGCGAGCACCGUCACCUGAGCCGGCCACUUCCAGCUGUGCUGUUGGUGAGGAGUGCGAAAGUAGAAGUCUUCCUUCCGAUAUGUGUGUUCAGCACGAAGAGAGACUAAAGCUGUUCUGUGAAGAUGACCAGGUGGCUAUUUGUCUCGUGUGUGGGAUGUCUCGCGACCAUAAAACGCACAGCGUUAUCCCCAUUAACGAGGCAUUUGAAAAUUACAAGGAAAAGUUGUGUCUGGCUCUUCAAAAAGCGGUGGACCAGAAGGAGGAUGCAUCUGCUUAUCAAAGUCAGACUGAUGAGAAGAUUUUGGUGCUCAAGGGCCAAGCAGGAGACUUGGAUCAGCAGAUCAGCUCUGAGUUCAAGGAACUCCACGGCUUCCUGUCACAACUUGAGGAGGAAAUGAAAGCCGGUCUGAGACUCGCCAAGGAGAAGAAAAUGGGACAGCUGAACAACUUGCUCACCAGAACAACUGAGCAGAUAAGCCAAUUAGACCUCACUGCCCAGACCAUACACACCAAACUCAACGAGGAAGAGGACCCCGAAGUACUCACUGGAAUCAAAGGCUUCAUUGAGAGUGUGGAGUGCAUGUUUGUGAGGCCCAAGCAUGACGUGGGGGUGGAGCUGCAGGAGGGGGAGUUCUUAGGCCCACUGCAGUAUAGAGUCUGGAAGAAGAUGAAAUCCACCUUGAAGACAGAACUAGAGUCGGUAGUCCUGGAUCCUUCUACUGCCUACCCUCGCCUUCACGUCUCCCCAUGUGGACGGAGUGUCAGCGUCGGUGACAUCCAGUCCGAUUUGCCCAACAACCCCGAGCGCUUCACCCUCUACAACAUCGUGCUGGGAAAAGAGGCCUUCUCCCAGGGCCGCCACUACUGGGAGGUGUGUGUGGCGGGCAAGACAGCCUGGGGUCUCGGCGUGGCGGCUGCCUCGGUCAACCGUAAGGAGGAGAUCAGCCUGUGCCCGGAGGACGGCUUUUGGACGCUGGUGAUGCGGAAUGGCGGUGAGUACGAGGCGUGCACGAGCGCCGACGAGUGCCUCCUGUCCCCCAGCCGCAAGCCAGACUGUGUGGGCAUCUACCUGGACUAUGAGCGCGGCCUGGUGGUGUUUUACGACGCCGGAGACAUGAGUCACCUGUUCACCUUUAGCGACGCCCGCUUCACGGAGCCCGUCUACCCCUACUUUAACCCCUGGCCUGUCAUCAAUGGACGCAACCGCGAGCCCCUCACAAUAUGCACCCCUCAUCUUUGAUGGCUGACAGACAAGUCUGAAAAUGAACUUUUUUCAUCACCAGUCAAAAUGGUUUACAGAUGUUAAUCUUACUAGCCAAACAUACACUCACGUAUGGGUCAGAGUGGCUAGUAAGUUUUCUUUUCUGCCAGCCAAACUGAAUUUUCACAAGCACUUGGCCGGUUGGCUGGUGUUAAAUUACACAGCUCACAGAUAAAACAAGGACUCAAAACAUUCAUCAAGCUGAAGAGGUUGUCCGCUUUCUUCAUUAGCAAGAGUAACCAGAACAUAAAAUUGUAACUGUUGAACUAUGUCGAAAUAACUCAAAGGUUCUUCCAAGAUGGUUUGCUGUUGCUAAAUUAUUAGUACGAACAUGUGCAUGAGAUUUUACAGUCAUGGGCAAUCUCUUAUAUGCUAGGCCUCAUUAUGUGGCACAUUGACAGUGUUCUGAAACUUGAGAUAAUACAGUUUUGGAAGUGAAGAGAGUGUCUUUUAAGGCAAUCAUAUUGUGGGGUGUGGUGCCGCAUCGUGAAGAGGACCCUUAUCAUACAGUAUACAUGGUGAACAGGGUUCGAAUCUGGCCUGGUUCAUAUCCCAGCCCUACUCCAUCUCUCUCUCCCGCUGCUUUGCUGCCACAUCUUCACUAUCGUAAUAAAGACAGAAAAAUGCGGAAAAAAAGACAACCAUAUCAUGUUCUGCACAAUACAUAAAUAAAAAA